UCAUAUCUAAGCUCAGCUCUUUACACUUUAGGCUUUUAAAUCAUGCCGAAGAACAAAGGAAAAGGAGGAAAGAACAUUAAGAGAGGUAAAAAAGAAGCAGACGACGAUAAGCGAGAGAUCAUAUUCAAAGAAGACGGUCAAGAGUACGCUCUAGUCCUCCGUAUGUGCGGCAACGGACGGUGCGAAGCCAAGUGCAUAGAUGGAAUCACAAGGAUGUGCCACAUCAGAGGUAAGAUGCACAAAAAGGUAUGGAUUAGCGCUGGUGACAUUAUUCUUGUCGGACUAAGGAUGGAUAUGGACAACGACACCAAAGCUGACAUCAUCCAUAAGUAUACGCCUGAUGAAGCUCGUUUUCUCAAGAGUUGUGAUGAGCUUCCUCGUGACCUUCGUCUUAACGAAGGGGUUGCUGAUGUGUUUGAUGUGGAGGAUGACGUUAAUUGUGGUGAGGACUAUUUUGAGUUUGGAGAUGAUGAGAUUGAUAGGCUCUAAACUAAGCUCUGAAUCUAUUUUACUAUUACUAUUUACUUUGUUCUUCUUUCUAGUCUCUCAGAACUAGAUUGAUGUCUUGUCUCAGAUUUUUGUCAGUUUAUAAAAUAUUCUCAUUCUUUAUUUGAAUAGUUUUUAGUUGUGUUAAUAAUCAUAAAGGAGAACAUAUAAAAUAAGAAACAAAAGGUGUUUUUCAUAAGCAUGAAAGUAACAAAAACCACAAAAUCCAAAGAAAGUCGAGUUUAGUUCCAUUGAUAGGCCUAAAGUAAACAAAAAUAUCCGA